CGUGAACCCCCCCCCCCCCCCGAUACCACCUUAUUUUAGCAACACAUCCCUCCUGGUAGUUUUAAGCGACACCUCGUAGCGCAAACUUUGUAGUGAGAAAGCGCAUUCUCGUUAGAGGACCCCGAUAGUCUGCUUGUGGGAUGAGCUGUUUACCUCCAUAAUGGACAGUGAUCUGAGCCCACAGGAUAAGAAGGACCUGGAUAAGUUCAUUAAGUUUUUUGCCUUAAAGACCGUACAGGUAAUUGUUCAAGCUCGGCUUGGUGAAAAAAUCUGUACACGGUCCUCCUCUUCCCCGACUGGAGCAGACUGGUUCAAUUUAGCAAUAAAAGACAUCCCCGAAGUUACCCAUGAAGCUAAGAAGGCUUUGGCUGGGCAGCUUCCAGGCAUUGGAAGGUCCAUGUGUGUGGAAAUCUCCCUUAAAACCUCAGAGGGUGACUCCAUGGAACUCGAAACAUGGUGCUUGGAUAUGAAUGAAAAGUGUGAUAAAGAUAUCAAAGUGUCAUAUACUGUUUAUAACAGACUGUCAUUGCUACUGAAAUCCUUACUUGCAAUAACAAGGGUAACACCAGCAUACAAGCUGUCCAGGAAACAGGGGCAUGAUUAUGUCAUACUCUACAGGAUCUAUUUUGGUGAAGUGCAGCUCACUGGACUGGGUGAAGGUUUUCAGACUGUACGUGUUGGGUUAGUUGGGACUCCGGUCGGCACCAUCACCUUGUCGUGUGCUUACAGGACUAACCUGGCCUUCAUGUCCUCCAGACAGUUUGAGCGGACUGCACCCAUCAUGGGCAUCAUAAUAGAUCAUUUUGUGGAUCGCCCCUUCGCUAACAUGGGACAUAUGCAUCCCUGCAACUACAGGACAGCAGAUGAGGAUGAAGGUGUGACAUACCCUGGUGUGGAAGAUUCACAGGAGGUCUGCACCACGUCGUUCUCCACCUCUCCCCCUUCACAGUGUGUGUGUACUGUAAGUAAGGUACAUUUUCAGACACCUAAAUCUGCAGUUAUGGACACUCUGAAAGUCCACAUCACGGGGUUGGCAUUUUCCGACCAACUGUACAGCUUUCGUCUUUCCUAUCAUCCGCCUGCUCUCGGAUCAGCUGACCUUUGCUACCAACCAGUCUUUAACACUGCGCAACCUCACCAGAUGGUUAUCCCGGGUAAGGAGGGCGGAGUGCCCCAGGCCCCAGUGCAGCCCUCACAUGGCACCCCGGCUGACCACGGAAGAAUGCCCACCUGUACCCCCUCGAGCAUGGCUCGCCACAUCCCAGCAACCCCCUCCAGCAGGGAGGAGGCGGAGACAUUAUCCCAAAGCAGUGAGGCGAAGAGCAACUCUCCACCAGACAUCCUAGAAACCACCUUCACAAGGAAAGUGGGGGCCUUCGUCAACAAGCCUGCCAACCAGGUGACCACAGCAUGUUUGGAUUUACCCUUUGCUGCUUUUGCACCAAAGAACUUUGACAUGGAGGAAAACGACCUUAUGGUCAACCCUCCUGACUCCCCAGUGGUUGAGUCUCCACUGCAGGGGAGUUUGCAUUCUGACGACUCGACUGGGAGCAGUGGGCCUCUGCAGGACGACUUUGUCAUGGUGGACUUUAAACCUGCCUUUUCAAAGGAUGAUCUCCUUCCCAUCGACCUGGGGACGUUUUAUCGGGAGUUUCAGAACCCGCCUCAGCUCAGCAGCCUCUCUAUUGACGUCAGCGCACAGUCCAUGGCAGAGGACUUGGACACGCUACCUGUGAAGCUGGCUUUGUAUGAGCAAAAAAUUGACGAAUUUGAUGCUUUUGUAGAAACCCUGCAGUAAGAUGGACAAUAACAAAUGUUUCAAGUGGCCCUUCCCCUUUCUUCAUUCUUUCUAAAGCCAAAAAAAGAUAAUUGUAUUAAACUGGACUCCACAGCAAAUAUGGGGAAUCUAUGUUCUGUUGUUUUUAGAUCUUCUACAGAAACCAAACUGUUUUAUUUUCCUAGCAGCUCUGACUCCUCUCUGACCAAUGCUGUUUGUAUUGUAAUGUUAACGGGGAAAACAUUAUUCAUUUAAGGUAAUUAUUUGCAUGGUGAAGUCCACUUUUUAAAGAAACACAUUUUGGUUUGUUUGAACUGACUUUCUUGAUUUAUAAAUCACAAUGUGUUUUCACUUGUAGUGAAUAGAAUCUGUAGCCAUGAGCUAUGUUUUUCCCUUCUUGAAAGCUUUGGGGAACAGUGGAUAUAGCUGCUUUUAACAUGGGAUUUGAAAAUUCGGUUAAUGACCUUUAUUUCUGUACGUUUUGUGCUUCUUGAGACUCGCUUCUUGGGACUUCAGUAAAUUAGUUUAGACUUGCCAUUGUGUCUACAGAUGCAAGCUAACUUUGCUAUGGAAUUACUUAUCUUUGGGACCCAAAAAUAUAUGCCUAGAAGCACGUUCACAGAAUAUGAUACUGAUUUAAUUAUUGCAUUACUUCCUUAUGAAUAACCAGUUUAGAAUAUAAUAUUGUCACAGUUCUCAAUUAAAAGGACUGUUUUUUUUAUGUAGCCUUAGAAUAUUUUGCACUUUCCCUGUCGCAGUGUGUUAACCACUCUCAUUAAACUGAAAUAACAUUGUCCCCUGCAGCUCACAAAUAUUGUUAAUAUGACAUGGUUGUGUAAUUAUGUAAUAGAAUUUGACAUAACUUUGAAUGUGUAGCACUGCUUUUCAAAACUGUUCUGUUCAAACAUACACUGUAAGAAGGUCCCCAAACGCAGUCUAUAUAUAGAAUGUAUAUAUUUUAAAAGAAAUCCAGGUUGUUUAGAUCAUAUAUUAUAUUCCACAUGAUAUAUCUGUUCAUCUGCUGUCAUAUUUGUAAAGUAUAAUAAUAU